ACUUUGCCCCGAGCAGGUUGCACCUGCUCUUUCAGCUCCGAUGUCCGAUGAAACACGGUCUUUCUUAGGCUUGCGUCUGUUGUUGGUUAAAGUGGUCUUGUACCUGUUAACAUGUCACCAGGUGUUGAACUGUACAGAGAUCGAUGACGUACUGGAGAGGUACUACCUGUCACACCGUCCUAUGGCCUGGAGUUAGGCAUCUGUUCCCCUGGGAAUCUCAUGGUUGUACUCGGCUAUCUCUUCUAUUUAAGCUUCCGGUAGCUACAGUUGGAGUACGUGAUGGUGUUGAACUGUACAGAGAUCGAUGACGUACUGGAGAGGUACUACCUGUCACCGUCCUAUGGCCUGGAGUUCUGCCUUGGUUUCCCUGGGAAUCUCGUGGUGGUACUCGGCUACCUCUUCUGUCUGCCCAAGUGGCAGAGCUGCAAUGUUUACCUCUUCAACCUGGCAGUGUCUGAUCUCAUCUUCCUCUGCACGUUGCCACGCCUCUCCUACCUCUACGCAAAUCGCCAGAAGGAGACCAACGCCUACGCGUGCAUCAUCAACCGCUACGUCCUGCAUGUCAAUCUCUACUCAUCCAUUCUGUUUAUGGUCUGGCUCAGCAUGGAUCGUUUUUUGCUCGUCCGACACCCGGCUCGGAACCACUUCCUGCUGAGGCCACGGGCGGCGCUGCUCGUGACGGCGCUGAGCUGGCUGGCCGUCAACGUGGAAGUGAUCCCCAUGGUAGCGCUGAUGCUCCAGGAUCUGCAGAGGGCAAACUGGAGUCGCUGCAAUGACUUUGCCAGCCUCCAGGGGGACAUCGGUGUUCUGAGCUACAGUUUGGGACUCACCCUAACCGGAUAUGUCCUCCCUCUGCUUGGACUGUGUGGUUUUUCCCACCAUAUCGCACGCUUACUGCAAACCCAGGAAGAGGCAAUACGUCGCAAAACGGCAACGUAUAAGCGACCCUUGAGGGUUGUGGCGUCAGCGGCAGCCAUGUUUCUGGUUCUGUACACGCCAUACCACAUCAUGAGAAAUGUCAGGAUAGCAUCCCGCCAGGCCUGGGCAGGUGUGCAGUUGUGUUCGAGGAUGUACAUAGAGGGGGUCUACAUCUUGACCCGACCACUGGCUUUCCUGCACAGUGUCAUUAACCCGGUCUUCUACUUCUUCAUGGGUGACAAGUUCAGAGAGCUCCUACUUCAAAGGUUUAGAAAACUGGUCAACAAAAAAAGAACAACCGAGAGAAUACUGGACUCACAUUUCGCCAACAAUCAUCUUGUCAUUGGACAAUAAUACUGGCAUUUCCAGACUAUAGAGCUCACCUAAAUAUUAGCACCACACACUUAAUUUUUGGACACAUUUUUUUUUGUCCACUGAACAGGUGAAUACAUUGAAACAUGAAGUACUUACACAGGAGCUGGAGGUCAUUCACAAGAGUAACAAGGACAGUGCUUACCUACCAAAGGUGUCACUCAGCGCCAAGCUUCUUCUUACUCAUGCGCCUUCUUUGGUGUCAGAUUUGAGGGGACUUUGCGUUGGUUUGUCUGGCAUUUUCUCAGCCUUGUUUUUGCUUUUACUUGUGUCUCGAUAGAGAUCGCCUCCGGUCUUUGGAUUUUCCGUUACGUGCAGCGUUUUUUGUUUUUUUGUUGUUGUUUUUUUUGAUGGCCAGCUCAAACGCCUUCAGCUUUGGGGCUGUGUUGUGUGCAAUUUGCCGUGUCUUUGUCAUAUCGAGGGUGAGUCCAUACUGUGCUAAAUGGCUGACUGCAUGAUUUUGUGAGUGUGUUUGGUUGAAUGUAAACAAUUUCAAUGGUCCACUGGGACUCGUUCGACAAAGUUUGCUGACAUCAUAUGAACCCGGAAAAUCCAUAAAUUAGCCACAGCAUUUUGUAUAGCGCGGGUUUGAAAACAUGGGGAAAAAUGUGUGGCUUAUAGUCUGGAAAUGAUGGUAUAUCAAAAGUUCACUUGAUAUUCCUUAAUAAACCGCAGCUCUCCAGGGCCGGUUAUGCUUCUGCAGCUCGAGACCUUGACUACUUUAAAGAGGAACUGCACUUUUUUGGAAUUUUGCCGAUUGUUCACAGUCCUUAUGUUUUGUUUGUUUUUGCAAUCUAACAUGUAAAAACUGUCUAGUUCUAGGUGGCUAAUGAUACAGUUAAUCAGAGCAAUCAAUUUUGACCUUUAUAUCACAUUACAAAUGCAUUUAAAAACGGCCAACAAUACUUCAUUUACGUUAUGUAACCUGUUUAAUAACCAGGCUGUGGUGAAAUUGUUAUUGUAAGAGCGAAAACUGAGGAACUCUUUUUUUCAGCAAAGUAACACAUUGGCAUCCUUCGGUAUCAGCCAUAUAAACUGGGCACAGCAAAUGAUAAUCUAGCAUCUACGUCAGCACCCAAAUUGAGCCCGUAAAGCACAACAAAAUGCAAUUGGACCGCAAUCUGUACUGACUGAAAAACAUGAACAAUCAUAUUACAUAUCUGUGAAGUGUUAGUCCACAUUUCAUGUUUUGUUUCUACACUUCUACAACAUAUUUAUUGUAUGUAGUUGUAAAAAUCAAUAUGAAAGUGACUCACUCCAUGGACAGUUGUGUGUUUGGUCCAGAAAAAGGAGGUUCAGGUCCAAAUUGUUCAGGACAAGCUAAAAUCAUCAGGGGGGAGGUUGGGUCUUGGGCACAGUUGGGUGUUCCAACAGGACAAUGACCCCAAACACACCUCAAAAGUGGUCAAGGAAUGGCUAAAUCAGGCUAUAAUGAAGCUUUUAGAAUGGCCUUCCCAAAGUCCUGACUUAAAGGUGUGGACAAUGCUGAAGAAACAAGUCCACGUCAGAAAAGCAACACAUUUAGCUGAACUGCAGCAAUUUUGUGGUGAAAAAUGUGCACAGAAGCUUGUGGAUGGCUACCAAAAGCACCUUAUUGCAGGUAAACUUGCCAAGGGACAUGUAAGCAAAUAUGAACAUUGCUGUAUGUAUACUUUUGAUUGCUCACAUUUACAGUAGAGACAUAAUAAAUUCAUAAAAGAAGCAAACUUCAUGAAUGUUUGUUGUGAGCAACAAGUAUGUGCUCCAAUCACUACAUCACAAACAAAUAAGAAAUGAUUGGAAAGUCAAGACAGACAUGACAUCAUCUUCUUUGCAGGUGUACCUACACUUUUGAUCGGGACU